AUGUUUACGGUUGAAGCUCCAAAAUAGUAGCAUGUGUCUCCCGUUUUCAUGCAAACUCGUCUUCUGUGUCUCUCUUCCGCCAUCCUCGCUCCCCCUCUCACCAUUCUCUCUAUCUUCCCCUAAAAAAGACAAAAUUUUGCUUUUUCUCACUCAGCAAGAACCAGUAAAAAGGUUUUGUUUUAAUGAAUCAAGGCUAGCUAUCGUAUUAGAGGUAAAGGUUUUUUUUUUUUUUUAUGUCUGUCAAGCUAAUCACAUUGUGUUAAGGAUGUUUGAGCAUGGAGUUUUUAUGAUUAUGAUGAUUAUGAAAGAUUGGUAAGAAAAAAACUGGCAUUUUUGUUGGUUUACAGUGGUUAAAUUUGUGUGUUUGUGAAAUAUGUCAAGGAAUUCAGAUACAAAGAGGAAAAUCCCACCGGGGAUUUUGCUUAUCAGAAGCAUUAGAGGUAAAGAUUGGAGCCUAAAAUCAUGUAGAUACAUGGUUUUGUUGAUUACCUUCAUAGCAUAUGCUAGUUAUCAUGCCUCUAGGAAACCUAGUAGUAUAGUUAAGAGCGUUUUGUAUCCUGACCCCCUGAAAGCUUCUAAGGGAAACCCUUGGCCUGUUGGAAAUGUCUUCAUCAAGGAAGAAUUUGUGCGUUUUGAUGGAAAUAGGGUAAAAAACAAGGGUUGGUAUCCUUUUAAUGGAACUGAUGGUACAUCAAAAUUGGGUGAAAUUGAUGUUGCUUUUCUGGCUUGUUACUCUUUGGGAAUGUAUGUUGCAGGGCAUUUAGGUGAUACUUUGGACCUUAGAUUGUUCUUGACAGCUGGGAUGAUUGGAAGUGGCAUUUUUGUGGGGCUGUUUGGGAUGGGAUAUUUUUGGAACAUUCAUGUCUUUUCGUUUUACCUUGUGAUGCAAAUGGUUGCUGGGUUAUUUCAAGCUACUGGUUGGCCUUCAGUUGUGGCUGUGAUGGGAAAUUGGUUUGGAAAAAGGAAGAGGGGUUUGAUAAUGGGUGUUUGGAAUGCGCAUACUUCAGUUGGGAAUAUUAGUGGAUCUCUUCUUGCUGCUGGUGUUUUGGACUAUGGUUGGGGAUGGUCUUUUAUUGUCCCAGGAGCACUAAUUGCUUCAUCAGGGGUACUAGUUUAUUUGUUCCUGCCUGCUUAUCCAGAGGAUAUUGGUUUUGAUGGUGCAAAUGCUUCAUCUGUGAAUCUAGAUUUGGUGCCUCAAGAUGGGGAGGCUCAGAUUCAAAAGGGAACUGCAGUGGAUGUAGAAAAAAGUUCUACUCUCAAACAAGGGUCAGGGAGCAGAAAAGGUAUUGGACUUUUUGAAGCUAGUUCGAUACCAGGGGUGAUUCCUUAUGCUUUGUGCCUCUUCUUCUCAAAGCUCGUGGCCUACACAUUUUUGUUCUGGUUACCGUUUUAUUUGAGUCAGACAGAAAUUGGUGGGGAGUAUGUGUCUGUGAAGUCUGCUGGGAAUCUCUCUACCUUGUUUGAUGUAGGGGGUAUUUUUGGGGGGAUCCUUGCUGGCUACAUAUCUGAUAAACUUAAUGCCCGAGCUACUACAGCAGCCAGCUUCAUGUUGGCUGCAAUACCUUCCAUGCUCUUAUACCGCAUAUAUGGAAAUAUUUCACGUACCAUCAACAUUGUAGUUAUGAUGAUUGCUGGCUUGUUCGUAAAUGGGCCAUACGCACUUAUCACAACUGCAGUUUCUGCAGACCUUGGUACACACAGUUCUCUCAGAGGGGAUUCUCGGGCAUUGGCAACGGUGACUGCCAUAAUUGAUGGCACUGGAUCAGUUGGCGCUGCUCUUGGCCCUCUUCUCACUGGGUUUCUCUCGACAAAGGGGUGGGAUUCAGUUUUCAUAAUGCUAAUGGUCGGUGCUCUUAUUGCAGCACUUCUUUUAUCACGUUUGGUCAUAGCAGAAAUUACUGAGAGAACUCACAAACCAAUUCCAUCAUCCCAUGGACAGCAAACUCUUGAAGCUACAGCAUCCCGACCCCUUCUAAGCAACCAAAGCUGAUAAUCUGGUUAUGGUGUCAAGGAGCUAUAAAAAUUAAUGGGGUUUAGAACACAUACUAUAGAUAGAAGUGCUAAA